AUGAUCAGCAGGAUUGUCAAACAGAAUGUGGAUAGCAAGGUGCAGCCGGUGAGCAGCCUGCAAUGGGCUAGCAUCUUAGCUUGCCUAGGCAAUUGUACUACGAUGGACCAAGCUGUUUCCCGCUAUAAUGGACACCCCGAAGUACAAGCUUUUGAAGGUCAAGGUUCUGGAUCGAUCAGCCUGGACGGCAGGAAACGGCAGGCGGUCAAGAAUUUCUUUGAGAAGACAGCGUCAGGCGCUUUCGACGUGCUUUUGACGAGUACACACGACGUAUCAUGGUCCCUUGGACCAUUUGGUGAGGUGUUUGGCACCUACAACUUCGUUUUCCUGGGGUCAUCAAUGCCCUUCGAAUCAGCCCCGCCAAUGGAGGAGGAGACGCCCCAGCCACUGCCAAAUGAGGCGAGUGUGUCGAUUGACUGGACAUUGCCGAUGACAGAGUCUGCGCAAGCACUGCUGUUCAAACGUGUUUUGUCGCAUUGGAACAGAACUACCUCGAGCUUUCCAGUGAACAUGAAGAAGAAAUACAGAUUGUCAGCAGACGAAUUGCAGAAGACACGAAACACGGUGGUGUUGUUUGACCAACUGCUCCCUCACUUGCAAGUUCGCAUGACUCCAGAGAAUGUCAAGAGCUGGCAAGAGGAUAUAGCUGCCAAUUCCAAAAGAGAUGCCGACCUGCAGUUUCUAUUCAAUACAAGACCAUCAAGGUUCUCGCUCUCCAUGUUCCCCUCUGAGCAGGAGGUUGCAAAGAAGGACCUUUGGGACAUGGAGCAGAAGAAGGUUGAAGCGAAGGAAGAGCAGCAGGCAGAGGUUGAUGCUGCUCAGUGGAACUUUUUCAAAGGGGCGCUGAAGCGUGAUCACGACAAGGUGGAGCAAGCGCAAGACGCUCCGAGGCUGGUGAAGCGAAAGCUUCAUUCCAAGCAGGUUUCUCAUCGAUCUAAGUUGGCUGCUGAGGGUGAUGCUGCUUGCAAGGGGUAUCAGGACUGGCAUGCCCAAAAGACAUGUGUUUGUUCCUUGAUUGGAAACAACAAAGCAGCCCCAAACAAAACCAGCUUUUCUGAGGCUGACCUGACCAAGACGAGCCCAGACGAAGUUCACAUCAUUGGGUUUGUGGACUACAAUGUUCCAGGCGCCAGGUUGGCGUCGAAGGUUGACAUCCUGAGCCAGGGAGUUGGACUCUGCAACGACAUGGGCAACAGCUCACAGAACGCUACGAUGUUGUUGAUGCCAGACUUGGCCAAGGACAGCAGCCUUCGGGGCCUGUGGGAUGAAGAACGGCAGAUAGUUGAGUCGAUGUUUGCUCAAAAGCAAGAUUGCGCGUGCCAGUUUGUGGAUCUGUUCACAAAAGACGCAAGGGGAGAGGCUCGCUCCAGCAUGCGGCGAUGGGCAGCAGGCCGCUUGGUUGUCUCUGCCGAGAGCAAGGAUGACAACAAGUGGCUGGACAGUGAACUGGCAGUGUGCGGCCGCCCUGUAGGCAGGGCAGAGCAGGAUCAGGGUGCUCCGUGUUCUGUUUUACCUCGGGCAAGUUCACUCUUACUGCCCGAGGCCAGUUCACCCGAUCAAGAUCUCAAGCUGGCAGAUCGUUUGCGACCUUCGCCAGAGCAAACAGCUGCGCAGAAAGGAGUUGCCAGGCUCCAACUUCUGCUCGAAUCACUGUUUAGGCACUCCAAGGUCAAGGCCCCUGUGAUCAUGGUCAACCUUACAGGUUAUGUCGAGGAGAUGGCGGCUUGUGUCCCUAAGCGGACGCUGGCCGGAGACGGAGGAGGCUUCGAUUUCCAGAACUUGUUCUACUUGAGUCUACAUACUUUGGACUCCAGGUCAGGCCUGCAGUAUGCUAAAGCCCGGGUGUAUCGCGAGUUGCUAGAUGCCUGGUUGGGGAAGAAGUUGAGCUUCAACGGGAAAAAGUUCCAAGAUGUUGAUGUAUCCUUGACGGAGCAGGAGCUCAAUGACAUUCCAGGAGCUUCCUGUGUGAAGUCAGUGGAUGCAAUGGCCCUUGAGGUCCUGCAGCGGGAGGGCACGAAACUGGUCAUUCACCCAGACCAAGUUCGCAUGUGGCAAUCGAAAGGACCCAAGUUUGCAGACGAGUUCAACGAGUUGCGCAGGUUGCAUGCUGAAAAGUACGAGGGUUUGCUUGCUGACCUGAUUCAGCAGUCUUCUGGCACUGGCUCUCAGGUGGUACCGACAGAGGAGGGCAAUGAGGAGGAGACUCCCGAGCGCAACGAGCCUGAGCCUACCCUCACCACUUUUGAGAGCUUGGACAAGCUUGCUGCAGUUGAUCCAGUGGCGUGCAAGUGCGCUUCCGAGAUUGCAGGUGUGGAGUUGAUCAGAACCACAUCCAAGAAGAUUUUCCUGUUUUCAGAGAAGCAGAAGGCGAUUCCACGUCAUGCUAUCAUUGGAGGAUUUGGGACUGGCAAGUACGUCCCUGAGGAUGAGGAGGGCCUUGGAUUGAAGUUCGAGUGGAAGUUGGGGGACAAGACGCUCGUUCAGGUUGACCACUCAUCAAUAACACCUGAGUCCACCAACUUGGAGGUGAUGACGAUGUACCGGUUCCUCACCUAUUUGGAAAGAGUGAAGCGCAUCGUGGAAUACAAAGUGUCCUACACGGAUUGCGCAAGAGACUCUAGCAAUUCAGGUGAUGGCUUCAGCAUUUGCAUCAAAACCCCUCACAAGUACAAGAUUUUGCCUGGCGCCAGCGAGAAGACUUCGUCAAAAAGUUUUUUGGAAAGUCCAUGGAUGAACUUGAGAAGAGCCCUACCCUCAGCAAAGUGUUCAGAUUCAGAUAUGAGCGUGUGA